GCCACUUUAGUUUUCUGCGUACACUUGUCGCCAGUGUUAUUGAGUCUGUCGCGUGCAUUAUUGGAUAUAAACCGAUCAAUUACUGUUGCUUCAUUGUACAAACUGUUGCAUCAAACACUAAAAAAUGGAAGAAGUCAAAGAAAUCACGGGUAAUGCUGUAACAGAAAGUGCACCACAUUUUGAAUUGCUGGAUCGUGUAAAAAAUAUUCCUGUUAUACAUUCAGCAAUUGAGAAAACAGGAUCUACAUAUUCUUACAUAAAAGAUUCUAAUCAUUUGAUCAAUUGGGCUCUCAGUUAUGCUGAAUUGGGUCUUCACUAUGCAACAGCUACAGCUGCUCCCAUUACUACUCCUUUAGCUAAAAAGUUUGAAGGACAGAUUUUUGCGGUAGAUCAGAAAUUGUGUGAAGGUUUAGAUAUAGUUGAAGAAAAAAUACCAAUCAUGAAAAAGCCUCCACAAGAGAUUUAUGAUGCAGCUAAAGCAGUAAUGAGUAGUUCUUUACAACCAACAAUUGAUAAACUACAUGUUGCAAAAGAAUCAGCAUCACAACAAGCGUCUACAAUCAAAGAAAUUAGUAUAGCAAAGGCUAAUGAAUUACUGAACACACAGUAUGGUAAUAUGGCAGUACAAGGUGUGGAUAACACAAGUCUCCUCAUUAAUCGUUUACUGGACCACUACUUCCCACCUGUUAAAGAAGAAGAAAUCAAACCUGCCCCAGUAUCAGCUGAUGAAAACAAGGUGUUACAUGCAGUACAAACCAUUGGUCAAUUAUCAACAAAGACUGCAAAUAGAGUAUAUCAUUCAGUAGCAGCACAGUUGAAAACAGUAAACAAGGAAGACGUAUCAUCAUACAUAUCUAAUGUUGUAUCUAUACUUCACCUGACGCAUUUUUUAAGCUUGAAUGACAAACAUAGCGAUAAAGAAGCUCAAAGUCCAACCGAAGAAAAAGAAAAAGAUAAAUGAAUGAAACAUUUAUUAUGCUAGUAUUUAUAUAUUCAUGAUAUAAUGUUCUAUGUUAAUGUAUACUGAGUAACAUAGAAUUAUUAAAAAUACUAGUUUAUAUAAUCUUUUACAAGAUAAUUGUUAAAUGUGAAAAAGCAGAAUAUCGUUGCGGAUGUUUAUGCAAUUAUAACAUAUCGAAAUAUACAAGAAAGUAUGUAUAAAAUAU